AGGAUUUUGGUAGGGAAAAUAUAUUUAUUUCACACUCCAUGGGGUCGAAAAGGACCAAAGUGAAUAUAUGACUAGUUUUUCCCAUUUGAGCCGUCACAAGCACUUUCACCGCGUGCACGUCCGCUGGCUACACAGCGUGCGUUGCGUCGCGCCUUUAUUGAUUUCCCAAGCGAUUAAUCACCUGGACUCUAUACUGCGAUUCUUCAUGUCUUUCCUUGCGUUCUUCAUCAAACCUUUGGCUUAUAUAUCUGUUCCUGUUAUCAUACUUCGGACGAUCGCCUCAGCUUCUCCCGUUGGGCGUUAUUAUGCCCAGCUCACUGUUUACCUUGGAACGCUGGCAGUAGUCUCAACAUGGGGACUUUUUGUUGCAGUCGGAAUGACACUCAUGGGUCGCCGACAUGACGUUAACUAUGUCGUGGCCCGGUCGUUCUAUGCCGUUGCUAGUCGUGUUUUGGAUAUCCAAGUAGAAGUCGAGGGCGAGGAGCAUCUGCAGACAUGCCCUGUGGUCAUGGUGGGCAAUCACCAGAGUAUGCUUGACAUUUUGUAUUUGGGAAGAAUGUUCCCAAGGAAGGCAUCCAUUAUGGCUAAGAAGGAGCUUCAAUGGUCGCCUCUGGGCCCUUGGAUGUUUAUGUCGGGUGCCGUGUUUGUAGAUCGUGGAAACAGUGCAAAGGCACACGGAUCGCUCGCAGCUGCUGGAGAUGAGAUGAAAGCGAAAGGCAUCUCGCUGAUGAUGUACCCCGAGGGCACGCGGCACUGCCAGGAGAUACCAUCGUUGCUUCCCUUCAAGAAGGGUGCUUUUCACCUCGCUGUCCAAGCUGGGAUACCCGUUUUACCCAUCGUUUGUGAGAAUUACUGGAGAAUUUACCGCAAGGGCGUGUUCGGAUCAGGCACUAUCAAGGUCCGAGUUCUCCCACCAAUUUCAACCGCAGGACUCUCUGUAUCCGAUGUUCCUGAAUUGACGACGUUAGUUCGAGAUCAGAUGUUGGCGACUUUACGUGAAAUUUCUGUCAAAGUCACCUCAGAAGAAGACGUUAACCCAGCCGAACAACCAGAAGUGGCUGAUUUACCAGCUGACGAAGAACCGGAUCCCAUACCAGCUACCCCUGUCGAGGUUGCGUCCAAUGAAGUUCCGGACGCGCCAAGCGACGAGGAUGGCAGUGAGACACCGAGCAUUGACACUUCGUUGUCUCGGUCGUUGAGGCAAGAAGGAAGCGUCAGUGAAUAUGGAACAGAGACAGACGAUGAGGGGAUGGUAGUUGUCGGUAGACAGCACCACUAGUUGUAGGUAAUAUUGCUUGCUUCUGGAACACUUCCGAUGCAUGAUACCAUUCUUGACACCAUUAUAUAACUGUUUAUAAUUUUCGGACCGACUGUGAUACAUAUACCAAUGAAGUUUUAACCGCGGGUUUCCCCGCAUUUCUUAUAGGGUUUAUCGCGCCUGCCUUGAGGCUUCUUCGAACAGGCGCCGAUUACCUAAGAGAAGACUUGGCCGUCGCGUCACGCUCUUAUCCAUCCCAGAAGUACUUUUGAACCCCUUUGCUUGAUAUAUACAUUUCGCAAUGCAUGCAGGGUGCUACUACUAGCUCAAAAAUGAUUCAACUUUCUAGGUUUGGUUUGAUUUAGUUCAAGUUUGGUUACUUCAAAUUCCAUAUAACGUCAGCUCGAGUGGAAAU